AAUAAUGUGACAUUCAUGUACCAAAACUGUGGUAGGCUACCUACUUUGACAGAUUACAAUUCCUGGAGGACCAAGAAAUUCCAAGGCCACCCACAACCAUUACAUCUUUACUAUAUGAGAAAUGCAUUUUAAAUGUGCCGAGAUAUCUAUAGACAAUGGUGGCUGGAAUUCAGGUUUCUCUUCUGGUCGUCGUCUUACUCUCGGGAUACGCUGGACUCAACCGGGCUGAUUCAAUCAUAGAUGGACAGAUUGCAGAAAUAGUGGAUGAUGGUACAGUUCCGGAUAUUCCACUUCAAGAGGAAGCUAUUUGCAAAGAAGGCAAAUGUACAUUGAAACUCAACAUAAGUAUACCUUGGGAUAAAUCCCAUUUGGAAGGACAAAUGGAAUUUGGGUAUAAUGGUGCGGACAAUGCGGUAGAAGGUUCAUCGGAUAUGUCAUAUAUGCCAUUUGGAGGAUCCACCACCUCAUUCAAACUUUUCAGUGAAAUUCAUUGUGAAGGUGAAGAUACAGUAAUAUUACGCAUUGGUGCUGGGGCUGGAAAAGCAAUAGAUUGGCAAGAAGUCAAAGGAAAAAUAUCGCAAGAACUGCCUCCAAUAUGCAUUCCGAUUCCUGGAGCAAUGGUUGUCUCGCUUUGUGUGUUUGUCACCAAGUACAAAUAUGAUAAUGAGGAUAAAAGUUUGGAGUUCUGCAUAUUACUUCAGAUAAGAGCUAUUUUAAUAGCAGGAAUUGGAUUUAAAAUAGUAAAUUUGCAUAACAGAUGCAUGGUUUUGAGAAGAGAGCAUUUCACACGAAUCGUCGACAGCAUGAAAGCAGUGCCAAGUUUUGCCAAAAAACAAGCCACUAGUAUUAUUACUAUUAAUUCUAAUACUAGUACUAAUAAUUCUAUUGGAAUGUAAAUUGAAUUUCAAUUAUGACUGAGUCACUCAAUAAAAAGUGCAGGUUUACGAUUUGGAUGCAACUACUGCACAAUAGCUGAUCAAUAAAAGGUUUCACACUA